CAGCUCUCGUUCGCAAACCCAGCCGCGUGUACGCAUCGUGCAUUGCGACUCUUUCUUUGUCACGUUACCGCCUCUAUCCCCUCGCGGUUUCGUGUCUCCGAAUCAUAACCCCCAACCGGAUCCCACGCGCGGCCGCGCUUACCGACCGAACAAAGCUCGCCCAGCCUCACGAGCUUCCGCGCAUGUUCCUCUCAUACUAAUCGCGACCUUUCCCUUCGCCGGUCUCGCGACCACCAGAGACACGCGCCCACAAUGGCUCCUGGACCCAAGAGAAAGCGUGGCGAUGGCCGCACCUACUCACAGGACGACAGCCCGCGACCGUCGCCGCAUCGGCCGCAGGGCCUCCCGUUUGCGCACAACCAGCAUCAGCACAGCCCGCGCGGCGGACGAGGGGGCGGCGACAGGCGGCACAGCAGAGGAGGGAGUGGUAUAGGCGGCGGCGGCGGCCGAGGAGCGUUUAGUGUGCCGCAAAGCCCCGGCCUGUCGCAUGCUCCUCCACCGCCCGCAAGGUCUGCGGCAGCGAGCCAGCCGCAGCCACCGCCCCGACCCGCGCAGACGGCCCCUCCGGCCCCAGCGCCGCCCACGCCCAAAGAGCCCGUCGCGGCACCCGCAGCGCCGACUCACCCAGUGCCGCAGAGCAAUGAGUACCUGACGCCCCGGCGCAUUGCGAGGUGGAACAAUGACGCACGGCAGGCAGUCACCGAGGCGGCGACGGCGGCCCUGCGCGACGGCAGCGCCCUCACACUGUCCGUCAUCUUCCACGAGAUCAUCGAGGCCGCGAUAGACGGCCAGCUGGGCUCAGGCGAGCUGGGCGCGUUGGUGCGAGACAUUGUCGCUGCCCCUGCCAGUGACUCGGUGGACCCGCUGUCGACGUUCCUCGACACACUCAGCUCCCUGGCAGGAACCGAAGAGAAGCAGCGGACUGUGCGGCCCAUGCUCGUGGCUGCAGACAUCGACGUCGACCGCAUGCGCAUCGAGCUCGACGCGCCCCUGCUCCAGUCCCUCGAGCUGGUCCGCACCAGCUUCAACAAGAUGGCAGUCCGCAAGGCUACACACGCACUGUACCGCCAGUCGAACUACAACCUCCUCCGCGAAGAGACCGAGGGCUAUGCGAAACUCAUGACCGAGUACUUCACCACGGUGAACAGCGAACCGCCCACGCACGACGUCGUCAGCGAGACAUACCAGCGCGUCAAUGCACUGAUCGGUGCCUUCGACCUCGACAUUGGCAGAGUCCUUGACGUGACACUCGACGUGUUCGCCAACCUUCUGGUCAAGCACGGCAAGUUCUUUGUUAAGCUGCUCCGCACGAGUGCAUGGUGGCCAGAGCAACGUGGCUUGGAAGGCAUCGAGUGGGAAGAGCCCGAGGUCGCGACGCUGCCAGAAUGGGCACAGCCGAAGUCUGCUACAUGGUACUAUUCGGAGGAAGAGAAGGCCGAUCGAGCCCAGCUCCGCGAACGCCGAGACCGCAAAUUCUGGGACCGCGUGGGAGAGCUCGAAGCUUCACGCAAGGGCAAGGGCAUCGAGGCCUUUUUCGAGCUCGGCGCUCGACGCAUCACAUCGAACAACAGACCAAGGGACGAGAAGAUACACGCCGAGGGUGCUACACUUUCCGAUCAACAAGCUGCCCGAAAGUGGGCUGAUGAUUGGAUGUCACAAACUGGCACGUUACCGCCUUCUGGUAACGACACAGCCGCCCAGCUUCUUGGCUUCAAGCUGCAGUUCUACGCAUCAGAUGCCCGCGACGCAUCAGAUUUCCUCCCCGACAACCUCAUUCACCUAGCCGCACUGCUCAUUAAAGUUGGCUUCAUCUCUCUCCUGGAUCUCUACCCACAUUUGUACCCGCCGGAGGAAGAAAUGUCUGCACAUCAAAAGAGAAUGGUUCAGGCCAAGAAAGACAAAGAAGAGAAGGAGCAGGGAAAGGACAACGCCCUGACAAUGUCGGUCCUGACAGACGACUCAGUGUCAGGACCACCAGCUGUCAGCCGCCUUCGUGAAGCCGAUAAAUUCACAAAGUCUGAGCCUGAGAGCGGCGCCUCUGCCAAGUCCACUGACGCGGCAGACGCCAGACCAGCAUUGCCAGAGCCUGCUGAUCAAAAGUACCAGCUCCUCAAAAGCUUGCUGUGUAUCGGUGCUCUGCCUGAGGCUCUCUUCAUACUCGGACUGCAUCCCUGGCUGUUGGAAGUCUACCCAGAUCUCCUAGAACUUGUGUCUCGGUUAGCACAUCACUCGCUCAGCAAGAUUUACGAGGCAGCAAGACCUGUUUCUGCCGAACAGAUUCCAGUCGUCACGAAAGGAUAUGGGACUCGCCCGAGCGACUUCGUACAUCGACGAACACUUCGCUGGCCCAAGCCAGAUCAGAAGGAUGCUGGUGACGGCAUCGACUAUCGUUUCUACUGGGAGGACUGGGACGACAACGUACCGGUCUGCCAGACUGUCGACGACGUCAUCAAGCUGUGUACCACACUUCUGGGUCUUGUAGGCCCGGAUUGCGGUCAAGAUACCGUUCUUUUGACCAAGAUUGCGCGGAUCGCGAGGAAGGACUUUGCAGACGACCCAUCGGACGUCAAUCGGCAACGCUGGAUCAAAUUUUCGACGACAUUCCUGGCUCCGACACUAUCCUUUACUGGGCAAAACCCAGGCGUGGUGAACGAGGUUUGGGAACUGCUCAAGCAAUUCGACACCGCCACAAGGUUCACAAUCUACGACCAGUGGCAAGUCAAAGGCUCGACCAAGCCUGCGUUCAGGAUGUUGUUCAAGAAAGUGAACACCAAAACCAGCAAGGAGCUGAACAAGAUCACCACUACAAACGCCAAGGAGGCAGGGCGCAAGAUUGCCAAGAUCUCAUACUCGAACCCUGGCAUUGUCUUCAAGAAUAUUGUAACACGACUCAUUGGAUACCCAAACAUGAUCGACGCCCUUGUGGAGUGCAGCAAGUACAUCACCCUCCUCGGCUACGAUGUCCUGACCUGGACCCUCGUCACCACCCUCACAAACUCCAACAGGGAAGGCAAGAAGGGCGACGGCAUGUUCGCUCAGGGCUGGCUCACCAAUCUGUCGUUGUUCAUUGGUAGGGCGUACCAAAAGUACGCACUGCUGGACCCAACACCAGUGCUGCAGUACACCACGCACCAGCUCCUGCAAUCUUCGGGCGAGCUGUACAUGCUCGAUGUCCUCGAACAGAUGGUCAAAUGGAUGGGUGGUAUCGGGCUUACCGGCACACUCUCCGAGUCUACAGUCUUAUCCUUGAGUGCAGGACCGAUUCUCCGUGCAUACACUCUACAGCACAAUCUGUUCGAUACCCGUCACCAGGCUGUUACCUCGGCUAAGCGCCUUGCCAAAUGCCUGAAGGAUAAGAAUCUCGCGCCACAGAUCCUUGUCGCACUGGCACAGCACGUCGAGGCCUUCAUCCAUCGCGACGAUAUGCUUGACGCUCCUGACAAAGUAGUGUUCUUCAACGCCGAUAAGCUCUACUCCAACCUGUACCAGUAUCUUGAGUUCCUCCGCGCGUAUAUUUCUGAGGAGGAAUUCGACACCGCCUUUCCAGGACUAAUUGAGAUGAUCUCCGAUUAUGGUGUGGACCCCACCAUUGCUUUCACCAUCUGCCGUGCGAGCAUAGCUGCAAAAGCGAACGCGUUCAGAAUUGAGCAGCAGAGCAAAGCUUUUAGAACAAAGGACAAGAUUUCCGAUGGCGACAUUGUAAUGGAGGGAGCAGAGAACGCAUCAGCUAUCGGCGCCGUUGCAACUUCGCAGGCUACGAAUGACGACACAACUGCAGAGAGAAACGACGUCGAGAUGGACGAUGCAGCGAAAAUCGGAUCUGAAGACGCUUCAACGGAAGCUCUCACUGCUGGAGCGGCGAAUGCCGAGAUUGAAAGUGUGGUGGAAAAGCUCAAGGCAGUACUACCUCAAUCCUUCGCUAGGCAUCCUUGUCUUUCGUUCUAUGUUACGUUCUGGCAACUCUCUCUUCCUGAUGUGGACCAGACCGGCAUCAGAGAAAGGUAUCGCGAGAUGAUUGAUAAGUUCCAGCGACAAGCAGCUCCUGUUCACACAGGAGGCCGCUAUAACUCCCGUAUCCCUAAGCAGGACACGCAAGAGCAGCGUCGUGCGAAGGAAGAGAUCACGAAGCUGAACAAGGAACGAGACGUCGUUGCCAAGACGGCAAAGGCUACGCAAGAUCAGCUACGAGUCGAAAUGAGCCGAUGGUUUGCGGACGUGCCUAUGGUCGGCUCGCAAUCCGAUGCCCUACACCUAAACCUGCUGCAGGACUGUUUCAUUCCUCGCAGCCGCAUGUCUCUUCACGACGCGCAAUACACCUCUUCGAUGCUCCUGUUCAUGCAUGGUUCUGGCGUGCCUGGAUUCCGCAUGGUCAAGAUACUCGACUACCUGUUCAGCGCGAACAAACUAAGCGCUAUUAUCGGAAUGUACUCGGAGGAGGAGUCAAAGAACUUUGGUCGAUUCCUGAACGAUAUUCUCAGGGAGCUGCAGAAAUGGCACGACAACAAGAGCGAUGCGUACGCCAAGUUUGCGUGCGGUACAGACAAGAAGCUCCCCGGAUUUGGAAAGAAGUUUGACGCCAAACGAAAUGCCGAGAUCCACCUGGAUUAUACUGAAUUUUGCUUUGUCACCUUCAAAUGGCAUAAGGCUUUGUUCACUGCGCUCAAGGUCUGCAUCGAGAGUGGGAGAUACUCGGAGAUCCGCAACGCAAUCAGUGUCCUGAACUCGGUGUCAUCGAGCUUCCCUAAGGUCGAUACUAUGCGUGACGAGCUACAAGCACCGCUAGAGCGCAUCGCGGAGAACGACGAGAGAGAUGAUCUUAAGAUCUCCGCGCAAUCCACAUUUAGGAUCUUCAAGCAGCCGAAGACGCACUGGCGUACCGAAUGGCAGUUCCGCAACCAACCCGCCCCAGCAGAUGCCGCGAACGGGACCAGCAAAGCUGGUUCUCAGACGCCGCAACCGAAAGACGCUCCUGCGUCGAAACUCAACGCUAAUGCGCCUGCCUUCAAGUCCAGAAGCGAAUCCAAUGGGACACCAAAACCAACAGACGGUACCGAAGAUGUCGUGCAGAAGCGCGGAUCAACGCCUGUCACUCCAGCAGCUCGCUCCAGCGAAAGAGAGUCUAACAAGGCUAGUACGAGAGACACUGAUGGCAGGGACCCGACCCCCUCGCAGCAGGAGCGUGGCAACACACCAUCUGCCCGGGGCACCCCGGGACCUUCCAGUGCCACAACUGUACCUUCUCGUCUUGACAGAUCGACGCCAACUCAUACUCAGCCUAUGGGCAGACCUUCUCAUGCCUUGCCCAUCAGGCCGGACUCACAGCCUCUUCGAUCGCGACCUGAUCGUCAAUCUGACUAUGGCCCUCCUCAAAGUCGACACGACAGCCGUCCGCCUAAUGACUAUGGACGUCUUGAUCGUCCCCUCGAUCCCCGUGACAGACCGAUCCCUAGUGGUAGGGACCUAGAGAGAGGUGCUGGUCCUAUGGAACGCCGUGACUACGGCAGAGGAGACCCAAGAGAGUACGACGAACGAGCUAUGCGAGCACCCCCCAGAGAUGUCCGAGGACCCAUUCGUCCCCCUCCACAGUGGGAGCCUAGGGAACCCCGCGACCCUACGCAUGCCAGGGACCAUCGCGAGCGACUUGACCACAGAGGCCAUCCCGUGCCGCCGGCUGUGGAGCCUAGGAGAGCACCUUCAAGCUCGAGCCUUUCACAAGAGUACAAUGCACACCAACGUGAUGCGCCACCAUCUCGGCACCAGGCACCUGACAGGCAAGACGCUGCACCCUCUCGGCCACCUGCCAAUCUGCCAACACCCACGGAUGCUCACGCGGUCAAUCCCGCUCGUGCUGCUUUGAUCGAUGCCCCAGUCAAUCCACAACGUGCAGCGUUCAUCAAUGAGGCCGUACCUACAAGACAUGAGUCUCCUCGAUCCGAUCGUGACAGCCGCCGUGAGAGAGAAUCACGUCCUCAAUCACCAAGGAGAGGGGAUGAUCGCCGCGGUGAGGAGCGUGGCGCACCACCUCAACACAGUCGCAGUGAUGCGCCUCGUGAACUUCGAGAAGAGCGCAUGCCUCAACAGGGACCACCUCCUGGUCGUGACCGCCGAGAAGAGAUGAGCGUCAACAGCAUGCCGACUGGUCCGCGUAUACCACGAAGCGAGCCCUCGUGGCCCGAGGUCUCAAGCUCCUCCAGGGGUUCUCGAGAAAUGUUCCAGCCAUUACAAUCAUCACGACAGUUGAACAGCCAGUCACAGGAUCCCAACUACGGUAGGCUUAAUGCGCCCUCUGAGCCAACUCCUUCUGGUCCUCGCAGCGACCGUCGUGAUGCAACAUCUCAACCACAACCAGCAAGCGCGCCCUCAGGCCCAGCAUCGGCCAACGCUACCCCAGUUGGCAUACACCCUAGUCGACUCCAAGCGAACUUUGGUGGUAGUAGGCCAAAUGCACCGCCGAUUCAGACAGACAUGUCCAGCGCGCCGAGCGGACCUCGUGGUGGCAGGCCGCCCCAAGGGCUCCUACCUUCACCAGUAGGCCGCGGACCUCCCACAGGGCCUGCGUUCAAUCACGAGAGAGCACCACGCAAUGCAAACCCAAUGCGAGCUAUCAACAGCGUAUUGAGCCAGAACGCACCUUCGCCAACGGAACGCAAUGCGCCGGCUCAGAGCCAGAAUGCUCCCGUCAAUGUGCGCGGUCGCGGUGCCAACCGCGCCAAUGGACCCAACGAUGGACCAGGCGGACCGAGCAGCCCUAUGCCACCACCACAACAUGGCGCGAUAACUGGAUCUCGUUCUGAAGGUCAGCAGUCCAGGAGCGAAAGACAAGGCCCACCUAGUGAGAUGGAAGGUGAACAUCAGGAUGUGCGAUUAGAUUCACGCAGCCGUCGCACUGAAGCCAGACGUGAAGAGCGGGCUGGGCGUGAUAGAGACCAUGAGAAACGGUCGGACGACCGAAGCAAUCGCAAUGGCUCGAGCCAACGGAGUGAGCCAGGACAAGAACAAGAGCGAGGAUCUGACCGCGAGAAGCGCGAGAAGAGAGGCAGUGACAGAGAGAGUAGCAGGCGACACGGCGAACGAGAAGGCGAGCGCUCGAGUCGUGAAGCAGGAGGAGAGCGAUCGGGUCGUGAGCCCCGCGAACCUCGCGAAAGGGCCGAACCCCGUGAACCCCGCGAAAGUAAGCCUCACCGCAGCUCUCGUGACGAGGGCCGCCCAUCAGGAUCAGGACGGGAAGAGCGCGAUAGACGCAGCAGAGGAGGCGGCGGAAGUGCUGGCGAUGAUGGACGAAAGCGACCUCGUGAGCCUACGGACCAGCCGCACGGCGACAUGAAGCGCAGGCGAUAGACAUACACCAGCAUCAACAUCACCGUUACACACUACAUCAAGACUAUACUUUCGACGCCAACACCACGUUUAAAUAUGUCAUCUCUUUGUCUGUUGGAAUCGGGAGGAGCAUUGCAUUGCAUGGCGUUUGGCAUCAUGAUACCCCGGACAUUUUGCGAUGGGAUGUAUGAUAUUGGGGCAUUUGUCACAGAUACAAGUUCGCAUGUCUUCGAGUUGUUUCAACAUCUUUGGGCUUAUUCCUGACCCUGAUCGUACAUCUACUCAAUCACAAGUGACGGU